UCGCUCAAGCUUCGGAGGUGCCUUUCGGAGAAGUUUUUGCUACAAUCAAGAGCUCCACGUGUGGUAGCCCCUGGAGCAGCCGGGAAAAGGGAGCCCCGCAGGAAAGAAAGGUGACAGGCGAUUGGGAGGAUUUUCGCCUACCCGUCCGCGCGAGGUGGGCGCUGCUGCUGGACAGCUAAGGAGCGCGCAAAAUCCGAGCGAGGAGCGGCGGAAAAGCAACACCGCGCGCGGCAGCAUCUGCGACCCGAGGUGGCUUGGGAAGAGUUGCCGGCUCAGGACUCGUUUGUUGCUUCUUCUGCUGCGCACAAAGCUCCAGCAGACCGGGGUGGGACUGGCUUCCCUUCUUUCCUCCAUCAGCUGCAACGAUCACCCGGGAUCUCAGCCUGGGCGGCCGACAGACGCUGUGGCAGAGAGAGGAGAGCCCUCUCAGUAAUAGAUCCUCUCCUUGAAAGCCUGAGCGCAUCCUCCUCCAGCGGCUGCCUCCCGGAUCUGGCCGCGCUUCCGAUCCCCGCCUGGAUGCGCCGCGCUCCCUCCGAGAGGCGCCUGGCAGUGUUUCGCCAGCGCUCAGGCGCGCUGCUCCUUGGCUGCGCUUUGACCGGAGAUGCGCCAAACUCGCCUCCCAGCUGGAGUUGAUGCUACCCGCCCCUUUCGCAGCGGCUGGGCUGCUGCGAGGCUCCCUCGAAGGCCUGGUUUAAGCCCAGGUGCCCAGACCCCAACCCCCGCCCGACUCCAACGCCUGGCCGCUGGGAUGAUGCGCCCGUGAAGCUCCGCGCACGGGGGGAAACCAGCUGCGCCUUCUGCCCUUGCUCCCCACCCCCUCCACCCAAACCCGUCAGCGGACCCCGAUCCGAGCCGUCCAUGAUGGGGUUGCCCGCUCCCCGCCAGGCAGGGCUAAGGGGCUGAGCGUAGGGGGCGAUGGCCCCGGCGCGGGGGGCCGCCUAGCAUGGCCCGGGGAGGGGUGCCCCCCGCCUCAGCGCCUGGCCCAGAGCCCCUGCCCCGGCGCGCCCUGCGGAAGCUGCUGCUGGUCCUCGGCUCGCUCCUCAUGUCUCUCUACGCCAGUUACUGCCUGGCCGGGGCUGCGCGCGUCCUCACCAGAGAGCCGGCCCCGAUCCCGCUCGCGCCAGGCGACGAGGGCGCCGCCACGCCCCGCGAUCCUUCGCUGCAGCCCCAGGCGGCGGGAGAGGGCACCAAGCGGCUGCCGCAGGCGGUGAUCAUCGGCGUGAAGAAGGGCGGCACGAGGGCGCUGCUUGAGUUCCUGCGGGUCCACCCGGACGUGAGGGCGGCGGGCGCCGAGCCGCACUUCUUCGAUCGGAACUAUGGCCGGGGACUCGCCUGGUACAGGGAUUUGAUGCCAAGAACUCUCGAUGGGCAGAUCACCAUGGAGAAAACUCCCAGCUACUUUGUCACCAAGGAAGCCCCGGCUCGCAUCUCUGCCAUGUCGAAGGGCACCAAGCUCAUUGUGGUGGUGAGAGACCCGGUCACCAGAGCCAUUUCUGACUACACGCAAACUCUGUCCAAGAAGCCUGACAUCCCCACCUUUGAGAGCCUGACCUUCAAAAACAGGACUACGGGCCUCAUUGAUACCUCCUGGAGUGCCAUCCAGAUUGGCAUUUACGCCAAGCACCUGGAAAACUGGCUCCUGUACUUCCCCAUUGGGCAGAUCCUCUUUGUCAGUGGGGAGAGGCUAAUCAGUGAUCCGGCUGGUGAGUUAGGCCGAGUCCAGGACUUUCUGGGCCUCAAGAGGAUCAUCACGGACAAACACUUCUACUUCAACAAAACCAAGGGUUUCCCAUGCCUGAAAAAGGCUGAAGGCAGCAGCAAGCCCCACUGCUUGGGCAAAACCAAGGGGCGGACCCACCCCAACAUAGACCAGGAAGUGGUCCAGAGGCUGCGGGAAUUCUACAGGCCCUUCAACAUGAAGUUCUACCAGAUGACUGGACAUGACUUUGGCUGGGAUUGAGGCUGGGGAAAAUAAUAAUUUAAACAAAUAAAAAGGAAAAAUAUAUUUUUGUACAUAUCAAAAGAGAGGGGAAAUUAAUAUUUGUGCUAAUGUCUGGUGGUUCCAAUUAAUAUUUUCAUUUUGAUGCACAUAUUAUGGUUUUCUCUUUUUCUUGUUUUGUUAGUCAGGUUUUGUAGCAUUCACUUCCACAAGGCUGUCCGUUGAGAUCUGGCCACUGCGUCCAGUAUGGGUCUGCCUCUUUCCAAUUUUCCAUUUGACAUCUUUGAGGUUUUUGUGAAGUAAUUUGGCACUAUUUGUCUAUUAAUUCUGGGUUCUGUGCCCAGAUUUUUAACAAAAUGGCACUAAUCGGUCACGCUGGUGACCAAAAUAAUCAGGUUUGGAAGAUAUUUUCCUAGUUCUACUGCUCUGGCAUGACAUGCUGUAUGAGACUCAGAUGUCAGCCUUAUAAAAUGAUAUGUCAUAAGAGUCUGGAGUGGGAUCCAUUUUUAUUUCACUUUUUUAAUUUGAGAGAAAGUUUCAUGAUGUGAAUUCAGUAAACAGCUUGAGAGGGGACUGUUUGAUUUACAAAAUUCUUCACUCCUUUCUUCCCCAGCUGACUUCAUAAGGACGCUGCCAGCAUCCACUCCUGGCAUGUACCCCAAUAGUGCCCAGCACAACCAGAAAGAGAAGGGUUCUCUCUAGCCCAAAUACAGCAUUAUCAUUUCCCAAGAUGUAACAACGGUUCUCUGUUUCAUCUACUGAAGCUAAAGCACACCCUUGGGAAUGGGUCAUUAGGCAUUUACUGAAGAGUGGUGUGAGGCCUUGUCCAAACAUAUGACUCCAAACCUAGAUGUUUUCUCAGAGAAGAUCCAAUAUCCAAACUAAUUAAGAUAAAGUAUCUUCAUUAUAGUUCGAAAGGCUUUUCAAAGCCUUAUCCCUCUACCCCCAACGAACCCACCUGUUGUCUCCGUAAAACCUUGUAUUAGCUCAGAUUUCUCUACCCAGAGCCCAGUGACAGCUGGGCUGAGUGGAAGAGUCAACAGUAGGAAGAGAGAAAACUAAGUCAUUUUCUCUGUCAUCUCCCCCACUUAAGCACAAGGGGUCAUGAGGUUACCACUCACUACCUUCAGCCAACCCACUCGGCCUCCUGUCUCUGCUCAGAAUGGCUCAUCUCUAGCCUUAAGCCCUUUCCUGGCAGUGUCUUGUGCCAUAAAACAUCUGGGUAAACAUUCAAUAAUCACCCAAACAAAGAAGGGAAAGUAGUUAAUUGGUCACUUGAGAAUGUAACAUAUGACAAUGCUGGCUUGCUCCCGCUCACAGCAGUUCUUCUGUCUGAGAGUCUUCUGAGAGCUUGAUUCAUCCCAAAAACAGUGAUCAGCCAUUGGGAAAAAGUACUGUCUGGGGACUCUAAAAGGGAGGGGGACCAUCAGAACUAGCUGUGUUAUUAUACUGCCAUGUGCCCUGAAAUGGAGACUGGUUUACAAUACACUUGGUACACUGGGUACCAAGUAAUACCAUGGCCCUCUUUUGACCUGGUUCAUCUCCCACAUCCAAAACUACAGCAGUGAAUCAUUUCCCAUUAUUGAAAAACAACAACAUAGAGAUAUUUCAAUAAACUUGAAAGCCUAUGUCACCUUUUAAGGAGCUAACAGUUAUUGAUAUUGGUGACAAUUUAGGCACAUUGUUCCUGAUAAGUAUUUUCAGCCAUCCAUGAAUCUGGAAGGGUGACAACUUGACCCUAAUCAGGUUGCACAGCUUUGCAAUGUAUGAGGAAACAUCUCUAUAUCCUAACUAUAUCCCAGUGUCAUGGUUUGUAAUUGGCCUGGCACAACUAAUGCUCACUGGGACCUGGCAGAACAAUAUGAGGACUAGGCUGAAAUUAGAACUGGAGACCUGGGGUAAUUAUACUUUGGUCUCUGUUAAUAUUUGUUAACACUGCAGGUCUCAAACUGAGAUACCUCAGGUAUCAUACAUUGGUGUUUCUGUCACAUUUCAAGUUCUAUGGGCCAAACUAGAAUUGACCUUGGCUGACACAUUUCUUUUCAUGUGUCUGCCCUGUUUAAAUACAAAGCGAAGGAUGAAAGUCUUCUUUUAACAGUAAAAGAACACAUGGGAAAAGAACAGCCAGCCCUCCCACCACCGAUACCUUCUUUUCCCUCCAUCCAUUGCUCCAAUCAGUGUUUUCCACUCCCAUCUCCCAUCCACCAGAGCAGCCAGCUCCAGGGCAUCAAGGCGCAGAAUGGAAAAGGAUUAGGUAGCCCUUUCGCACAUACUCCUUUUACCCAGCACACCCAUUUCACGUGUGAACAGGGUGAUCACUUAAAUGUCCCAUCGCAUCUAGUUUGGCCCUAAGUUGUCCUUGUCAGAUAUUUUUUAAUCAUCCCCCCCCAAAAAAAAUCAAACCGAUAUAGAGCAUGUCAUACACAUUAUGUACCUCUUUUUCAUGCUAUAUCCUAGCAAAAGAAUUGGGUUUUGUGGCUAAAUGAAAGCUCUCUUCAAUGACAGCAGUGAACACAUGACCAGAGGAUAUGUGGAUGAGUUGUUUCACGCACCAUUUCUUCAAUCCAAACAUUUUAGAACUCUGCAAAAUCAGGAUUCUAAAACAGGUUUGGAGCCUCAAUGAAUACAAAAGACUCCAUGCUUCAGACAGAUGGAAGGCAACAAAAAUGGUGACAAAGCAGGGCAGAUCUAACGUGCUCAUUGUGUUUGCUCCUGCCACACGCUUACUGAUGCCUGAAGAGGGUUGAAGGAUUUGAAAUCUCUCUCAAACAGGAAGUAAGACACUGUUUCUUUUUAGAUGCCAAGGUAGAUCAGUUCCAUAAUGACCUAAUAACUGGGGAUGGCCGAGUUUGUUUCCUGUAGAAUUCUCUUGGGCUUCAGUUAGGGUUUCCUGAUUAAAACAUGACCUCUUUUGAUUGGGACACCUUGGAACAGCAAUCUCUACAGAUGACAUGGAGCUAGCAUGUUCUCAAGUGAGAGAUGACCACAUUGCCAUUUUACAGAAUUGUGAUAUACAAAGAGGUGAGCAGCAAAAGGACAGGAGAGGUUGUCUUGUUUGUUUAUGUGUGGGGUCAUCUUUGUGUAGAAUAAUUGCAGCUUCCGUUCAUUUCCAGACAGCUUACAGCCAAGUACCAGCUUGUAGUUUGCAUAUCACUUUGUGGCUGUUUUCUCUGUUAAUACAAGGCUGAAUUAGGGCCUUGGUGCAUAUGGGCUUUACUGUGUCCCUGUGGAGUGAUGUUUCAUAAUAACUAACCCCAAUCAGUUUUGUAUUGAGAAGCACACACUAUAACACUCCUAUGCAGACAAUCUGAAGGAUGCAGCUUGUCAAUAUUUCUCCAAAGGGUUGUUUCUUGCUGGCAUAUAUACAAUGAACUAAAAAACUAUGUACAAAACUAAAUUAAAAGCCAGAUUGUAAAGGAGCCUGUUGAGCGAGUCUUUUACCUCUUAGCACACCUGGUGUAAUAAAUGCAAAUGGAUAUGGCAUUAAUUUAUAUUUUGUGGAAUCUAUGACUCCUACUCAAGAGCAUACUUUCUGAAGUUAUUUAUUUUAAAUAGUUAUUACUUUAUCUCUCCUUUUCUAUCCAGUAUAUAAGGUAUACCAUAUAAGGCCUGCCAAGAAAGAUACCCAUGUCUUUUUUAUUAACAGAAAAUAAAUCUUCUUUCCUUUGUACAUACUAUUUUAUGUUAUUUCUUUGUGUUGUAAUCCUCUCAUUUCCUCACUUUGAUGCUAUUUCUGUAUGAGCUGAAAUACUUUUUAAUUUAAUUUAAGGCUGAAAAAGCACAUGUUUUAAUAAACCUUACGGGUAUUGAGAGGCA